ACGAGGAGAGGGAAUCCGCCGAUCAAGAGUGGCGGCGGGUCUUCGCCCACUGAUCGUUGUUCGAGCCAGUUCCGACCGAUUUCCGUCGCGUCAGCUGUUCGGCGAGGAAGCGAAAUCCGCCGACGUGCGCUGGUUGAACGGCGACGCGUAGACAGUCCUCGCGAAUCGGCGAACGACCCGACGAGUCCGUGUCUAUCUGUGUUCGCGUGCUCCUGCUUCCCGAGAAUGCAACAAUCCCAGACGAACGGCAACGGUACUCCGGCCUCGCCGAGGAAGAAACAGCGGACAUCCACCGAGGGCGUCAGCGACGGCGGCGGUCUUAUAUCGAAGGUCACGGUGGUCCUCGGGGCGCAAUGGGGCGACGAGGGCAAAGGGAAGGUCGUGGAUAUGCUGGCGAUGGACGCUGACAUUGUGUGCAGGUGUCAGGGAGGAAAUAAUGCAGGGCAUACUGUAGUUGUAGAAGGUGCCGAAUUCGACUUUCACCUUCUGCCUAGUGGAAUAAUCAAUCCCAGAUGCAAAUCCGUAAUAGGAAAUGGAGUAGUGAUACACUUACCUGGUCUAUUCGAGGAAUUGGAGAAAAACGAAUGUAAAGGACUUAAGGAUUGGGAGGACAGGCUUAUAAUAUCGGAUCGAGCACAUAUAGUGUUCGAUUUUCAUCAACAGGUCGAUGGAUUGCAAGAAUUGGAAAAGGGCACACAGUCCCUGGGGACUACGAAGAAAGGUAUAGGACCAACGUAUUCGAGCAAAGCCGCUAGAAAUGGACUUAGAAUUGGAGAUCUCCUCGGUGAUUUCGACAAGUUCUCUCAAAAGUUUAACACUUUGGUUACGUCGUAUCAGAAAAUGUUUCCUGCCCUGCAUGUCGACGUUAACCGAUUAGAGCGUUAUAAGAUAUACGCCGAACGUAUAAGACCAUAUGUGAGAGAAACAGUGCAAUAUUUGCAUCAAGCUUUAAAAAAUGGCAAGAAAGUUUUGGUGGAAGGUGCCAAUGCGGCAAUGUUGGAUAUUGAUUUCGGAACUUAUCCAUACGUUACAAGUUCGAAUUGCAGUAUAGGUGGUGUAUUGACUGGUCUCGGUUUACCUCCUAGCACAAUCGGCGAGAUAAUCGGUGUCGUGAAAGCCUAUACUACUAGAGUCGGUGAUGGACCUUUUCCCACGGAACUUUUAGAUUCUACGGGAGAGUUAUUGCAGAAAAGAGGCCAUGAGAUCGGUGUAACUACAAAGCGAAAGAGACGGUGUGGAUGGCUCGAUCUACCGUUGCUGAAAUUUACAACUCUAGUUAAUGGAUACACUUCUAUAUGCUUAACAAAACUUGAUAUCUUAGACACAUUACCUGAAAUAAAAGUGUGUGUUGGAUAUCGAUUAAAUGGAAAGGCCAUUGAUUAUUUUCCGGGCAGUACUUGGGAAUUAGCAAAGAUCGAAACGAUAUAUGAAACGAUCGAAGGUUGGCAAUCCACUACAGAAGGUGUACGUUCCUUGGAUAAAUUGCCGCCUAAUGCACACAAAUACAUACAAAUCAUAGAGGAGUACUUAGAUGUGCCAGUCAAAUGGAUCGGCGUGGGAGCAGGACGAGAAAGCGUGAUCAUCCUCUGACGAUAUACGAUCCAUGAAAUGUUACUUAAACGCACGGCAUUAAAUGUAUUAUUAAUUUUAAUUCUAUCCACAUUAACAUUUGCAAUGCAAAGCUGAUAAACGCAUAGGAGAUGUACUGUAACAAUAAGUUUUCAGUGAACGUAGUAUUAAUCUUCAACUUGAGCAAUGUAAACAUGCAUUGUACAAUUGUAAUGCAGCAAUGUGAAUGCUUAGUCAUUUUGUAGUCUAUAUAACAAAUGAGUCGAAGAUUAUUAAAAAGAAAGAAUAUUAUAUUACAAUGUAUUUUAAAUUAAUUAUCUGUUUCACUAGAGAUAUAAAAGUAUUUUUGUUCAUCAGUUUAUUACUUUUUAAAUUGAUUCUGGUGUACAAAAUAUAACUCGCCAAAUACUGAAUUUGAUAUAGUAUGCUAUCGUAAUAUUGUUGGAAAAGUUAAAAUAUGUAAAGGAAAAAAUAUAUACAUAUUUAAG